AUGGGCAGUCAUAAUACAGAAUCUGAGAAGAGCGCACUCAUCUUUGGGGCAUCAGGUGUAACUGGAUGGGCCGUUGUCAAUGAGAUAUUGCAUGACUACCCCAAGAAGGGUACUUGGAGCAAAGUGCAUGCUCUGACGAACCGACCACUGAAGCAAAGCGACUCGCUCUGGCCAGAAGAUGAGAGAUUGAACAUCGUGAGCGGGAUUGACCUUUUAAAAGGUACCCAGGAAGAUUUGCAGGAUGCUUUGAAAAGGAUCGAAGGCAUCGAAAAGGUGACACAUGUGUACUAUUUAGCAUACAAAGCUUCCUCCGACUUCGCCCAGGAGUACAAAGAUGCAGAAGCGAUGUUCCGCCGCUCGACCAUAGCAAUAGAUCAUCUGAGCCCAGCAUUGGAGUUCGUCUGCCACCAAACAGGAGCGAAAAUGUAUGGCUGUCAUCUCCUUGAGAAUCAUCCAACAGAUUACAUUUCCGUCCCUCUGAAGGAGUCACAUCCACGACUUCGGUCACCAUAUGGCGAUGGUCUGUUCUACCACCCACAGCUAGACUUCAUUGCAGACUUUGCUAAAGACAAGUCUUGGAAUUGGUGUGAUACACGACCAGACAUCAUCAUCGGAUUUGUUCCAAACCAAAACUUUUACUCCUUAGCAACAUCGAUAGGAGUCUUCCUCACAUUAUACGCUGAGGUGGAAGGAAAAGGUGCCACAUGUCCGUAUCCUGGAUCGAAAAAGGCAUGGGUAGCGAAGUCUCAUGACAGCUCCAGUGACAUGAUUGCUCGUCAGUCCUUGCAUUUGUCCCUGACGCUGCCCAAAUCUCAGAAAGGAGAAGGGUUCAAUGUUGCAGACGCCAAGGCACCCUCAACUUGGGAGCACAAGUGGCCAGACCUAUGUUCGUAUUUCGGACUGAAAGGGACGGCGCCGCCAGAUGAGGGGGAGCCAAACGAAGUUAGGACCUAUAUCAAAAAGCACAUCGACACGUGGAACAAGCUUGAGAAGAAACAUGGAUUGAAGACAGGUAUCGCCGAUUCGGAGAUGACUUUCAAAGGCUUCGAGUAUUUCCUUCUUACCCAGUUCGAUUUUGAUAGGCAGUAUGAUAUGACGAAGAUGUAUGGAACUGGAUUCAAGGAGGAGCGAAGCACGUUGGAAGCCUGGGGUGGAGUGUUCGAUCGGAUGAAGAAGGCGAACAUUCUGCCUUCGUAG